CACUUCGGGUAUAUGGCGUGUCGCACGAUCGCGCAAUCGUGCACGCCGUGCGGCGCGGCCUGCUCGCUCCCUAGGCUCUCAUCGUCUCUUGCUGCCGCCUUGCUCGCACUCUGUGACGCUAUGAACAAGUCUACGAUCAACGAGCUCAUCGCGGGAAGUGUCGGCGGUGCCGCGCAGGUCGUCGUCGGCCACCCGCUAGAUACUGUCAAGACCCGGGCUCAGAUCGCUCCCAAGGGAAUGUUCAAAGGCCCGAUGGACAUUCUUACGCAGACGUUGCGGAACGAGGGAUUCUUCGCUCUAUACAAAGGAAUGCUGAGCCCUUUGCUGGGUAUCGCCGGCGUGAACUCGCUCCUUUUCGCCGCGUAUGGUGCCUCCAAGCGGCUCAUCUCGCCCUUCGGCCAGUUAUCUCUCAAAGAAACUGCAACAGCAGGCGCGCUUGCUGGCGCAAUCAACGCUGUUCUCGCAAGUCCAGUCGAGAUGUUCAAGGUGCGCAUGCAGGGUCAGUACGGCCAGCCCGGCGACAAGAAGCUGCGCGCAGUUGUGAGCGAGAUGUGGAAGGAUUGGGGCUUCCGGAAAGGCAUUAUGCGCGGGUAUUGGGUCACGGUCGCGCGAGAAAUCCCGGCUUACGCAGGCUUCUAUACUGCUUUCGAGUUCUCAAAGCGGAAGUUUGGCGAGAAGUAUGGCAAGCAGAUACCGGUAUGGGCCCUGCUUGCCAGUGGUUCCACUGGUGGAAUUGCAUACUGGCUAUCAUGUUACCCCUUAGACGUUGUGAAGUCGCGUGUACAGCUACGGCCUACGCCACCCGAGGGUACUCCUGUACAAUACAUUUCACGGGAAUUGCAAUCCGUUGUCGCAGAAGGCGGAGUAUCUGGCCUGUUCCGUGGAUUGACACCGUCAUUGCUGAGAAGCAUACCCGCUGCGGCGUCCACCUUCGCGGCAUUCGAACUCACGAGAGAAUGGCUGAAGGAGCUAACGGGUGUUUAGGCUAUGCAUCAGUUAUGGGCAGACUCACGGACUUAUGGAGACUACUUACCCACACGAAUGAAUAUGGG